AUGACAUCUAAAAAGGGAAUCGAGUUUGAAAUAUCUAUAAGAGCAGCUACUAUUAACAGUCCAGAUCAAACCAAUCUCUAAGUUUUAUGGAUUAGAGGGCCCAAAAAGAUUGAUACUAGAGUAAAAUAAGUUAAAGAUGGCAAAGUCGCAUUCAAUGAAAAGUUUUAGAUGAAAACAGCCAUGGAAAUAGGUGAUAAUGGAGAAGUAUUGCCUAAACCUACCACUCUAUAACUGAUAGAAACAGACUCCAAGAAAUUUUUAGGAGAGUGCAUCCUAGAUCUAGCAAAAUAUUGCGCAACCCCAGAGACAUCAGAAAAACUUAAGCUGGAAUAAUGCGAAGAUGACAAAGCCUAUAUUGAGAUAAGAGUACGAGCAAAGGAAUCUGAUGAUACAGCUACUCCAUCUCACAGAGGAAGCAUUACUCAGAGAAGAAAGACAAUUCUGCAGCAGGAUAACACAGAUAUUCAGUCCUAAAGAAGUAAUAUUAGAGACGACAAGGAGGAGUAAAAGCUAAUGAAUCAACUAGAAAAUCUACUUAAUGAAAUAGAUCUACAAAGAAAGCAGAACCAAAAAAAAUAACAGGAAAUUGAAGGCAAGAAACAGUCUUAAAAUGAUUAAUAUGCUCACCUAUCGGAUAUUGAUAAGGAUAAGCUGAUUGUUCUUGAUGGUCAAAUAAAGAAUAAAAAAGACGUUUUUGAUAAAAUGAGUGUUAAAACAAAAGAGCUUGAGAGUGAGGCUGAAAAACUAAAGCAGAUGACUAAUUUAUCUGAACUAAUGAAGAUCAAGAUGCUUUGUGAUAAAACUUAAAGAGAACACGAUUAAUUUGAGAAGGAAAUAGCGGAUUUUUAUGAUAUCGAUAGGUUUUAACUCUGA